AUGGAUAUCAAAGUUUUGUGUCGUAGCACAGCCCUCAGUGGAAGAGAGGCUUUUCUGAAAAGGCAUCCGGAAAUUGUUGAAAGAAGUAGCGAAUCUGUGAGCGCAGCUACUAAUGGGGAAAUUGGUGUACCUAUGAUCAUUUACCCCUACGUGAGAUUUCCUGAAAAGAUUGCUAAAACAGUAAACCCAGAGUGGGGCAUCGGCCGUAGCCCUAAAGGAUGGAUGACCAGCGAAACAUUCUAUGAAUAUAUUGUGAACGUCUUCCAUCCUCAUCUUGUGAAACAUAAUAUUAAGUUUCCAGUGAUCUUGUUCUUGGAUGGUCACAAGUCCCAUCUUAAUUAUAGUUUAAGCCUCUUGUGUAAAAGGUUACAAAUAGAAAUAUUCGCUUUAUAUCCAAAUUCGACAAGGAUCUUACAACCAUGCGAUGUUGCUGCUUUCCGACCACUUAAGCAAGCAUGGCGCCGGACAGUCAGAGAAUGGGAAGAAGAGCACCCAUCUGAACUUCUCAAUAAAGUGAAUUUUGAUCCUGUCGUAGAAAAAGCUUUUAAAUUCAGUAUAAAACCUGAAACACUAGUUAAUGAAAGUCCAAGAAGGAAAGGCAAGAAAAAUGUCGAGAGAAUUCCAUUUGCCAUUACAUCAAAAAAAUGUCAAGAAUUCUUUGAGAAGAAGCAACAGAUAAAAGAAAGAGAAGAAAAGGAAAAAGAAGAGAGAAAAAGAAAACGUGAAGAAAAAGCAAAUUUAAAAAAGGAUACUAAAGCCAAAUCUCAAAUAAAUAGGAAGCGUGAAGAACACAAAUGCUUUAUUUGCAAAAACAACAUUGGUAGUAUUGACAUGCAAUGUGAAACAUGCAAAAAAUUUUCCAUCACAGCUGCAUACCCAAAGCACAUAAGCGGUUCAUCACUAAUCAAGAAGAUCCAGACGAAAUUUUUCUGUGUCACAUGUGCUAUAAAGAAGACAAUACAGAUAGCAGCAUCUCCGAUUCUGACGGCAGCCAAUCAGGGGCAGACUUUUGUUGAAAUGGAAAUAUUUGCUUUCCAUCUUUUCGGUGCGGUACCUACAUAG